CUCUUCCCCCACUCCACCCCAGAUCCCCAGCCCAGAAAACUCUCGCCCCGCCGCCGCAACGCAUCACGCUUCCUCCGACCCCCUCUGCCCCCCUCCCCGGAGCUAAGCACCCAUCCCACCCAAAUGGCGGCGGCGGCGGCGAGGAACCUGGUGCUGCGACACCUCCGCUUGGCCGCGGCCCCCGCGUCGUCGGUGGCCCUCAGGCCGGCAGCGGCACUGCAGGGGGCCCUGUCGCGGCGGCGGUGGAUGUCGUCGGAGGACGCCAAGGGGUCGUUCCUGGACAAGGACGAGGUCACCGAGCGCACCAUCAAGGUCGUCAAGAACUUCCAGAAGAUCGACGACCCAUCCAAGGUGAAAGCAGAUGCCCACUUUAAGGAUGAUCUUGGCCUAGACAGUUUGGAUGCAGUAGAGGUUGUGAUGUCCUUGGAAGAGGAAUUUGGCUUUGAGAUACCUGACAAUGAAGCUGACAAAAUUGACUCCAUUAAAGCUGCAGUGGACUUCAUCGCCUCGCACCCCAAAGCCAAAUAAGCAAAGGACUUGGUCCUCUACUUCUAGUUUUUACCGCCAUGAAGCUCGUGUCAGAUGAGAAACAGUUCCUCUGGGGUUGUGUGCCAUGUUCAAUUUCAAGCACCGCCUUAUCCGAAUAAUAUGUUUGAUAUGAGAAGGAUAACGUAUUCCUGUAUGGAGUUCUCGCUAGCUAUUAAAAGAUCUAUGUCCGGAGCCUCCGGUUGUUUUGAAGACUGAGUUGUGAUUUUGAUUGUGUAUGGCCAACUGAAGUAUCAAUUUACUCAUAUGUGCGCUGAAUGCUUGUAAUACAGGUCGUAUCAUCGCUUGCUUGUUUGAA